AGUGUCGAUAAGAAGCACUUUCAGUUUAUGAGAGAAUGGCAAGAACGCUGACAGUCUUGAAGUCUCCAACACCAUUCUCCACUGCUAAGAGCAUGAUACGGCUGAUCCAGUCUCUCACGCUUGUCUCCUUCCUUGGCCCAGGGAACUCAGUUUCAGAAGCCAGCUCAACCCCACUGGUUGUGAACGGGGUCCUGUGGGAGUCUGUAACUCUCCCCUCAAAUUUUCCUGUGAAAGAGAAUAUCUCGUCCAUCACCUGGCUUCACAAGGGAAACUCUGUCAUCUUCAUAUGGCCGAAAGAAGCAAAAAUACAGGUGACUGAUCCAACACGGAAAGAUCGACUGAAUAUCAUCGAGUCCUACUCCUUGCAGCUCAACAAUCUGACAAUGGCAGACGCGGGACAUUACCGUGCCCAGAUAACCACAUCAACCUCCUCUCUGUACACCGAUUAUAACCUGCAGAUCUUCAGACGACUGCGCAACUUACAAGUUGCCCAUCACACCAAACUGUCUGAAAAUAGUACCUGUGAGAUCCAGCUGGUCUGCUCUGUGGAGAAUCCAAAUGAUAACGUCUCGUUCAGGUGGGAGGUAGCAGGAAAUCCAUUUCAUAGUGAAGCAAAUCUUUCUGUAUCCUGGAACCCCAACAGCCUCAGUGAAGUGACCUACACCUGCAUAGCUGAGAAUCCUGUCAGCAAUUUAUCCUCCUCUGUCUCUGACAAGAGUGUCUGUAAAGGUGUUAUUAAUGGGAAAAAUGAAUACCUGGAUAUCAGAUGGAUUAUCAUUGUGGUUGUUUUGACAUGUAUAUUCUUCAUUGCAUUGAUAUUAAUAUUUGUUCAGAGGAAAAAAGUAGCAGGUUUCUUUCAAUUCUCUACUCAGCAAACCCAGUGUCCUGCAGAAACUGUGAGUAACUUAGAAUACGCUUCCUUCUCUUCAGGGAACACUGUGUAUGUUCAGGUCACCCAUUCAAACAGGGAAGCAGAAAUCUCAAAAGUUGUGAAAAACAAUGACUCCAACACAAUUUAUUCUGAAGUUCAUCAUCCCCAAGAGAGAAAGCCCAUUUAUUCCAGGACAACUGCCCAUAACAACGUCAUGUAAGUUUCUGAAAGACUUCAAAGGAAUUUCAGAAUUACAUAUCUGCUCCUGAUCCCACGAGAAAGAACAGAGCUUGGCUUCUGACUGACCACAUAAUUUGAAUAUCUAGGAUUAUCAGACUUGAAUCUGCUUACCCAGGUCAAACAUUUAAGGAAUAACAUCAUUUCCAGAAUGUGACCCAAAUAACAUUUUCUAAUCGGCUCCAGGCCAAAAUAUACAUCAGAUAAUAUGCCUGCAAAAAUUCUCAACAAGAUACUACCAAUCUGAACUCAACAAUACACUGAAAGGAUCAUACACCAUGAUCAAGUGGGAUUUGUCCCAGGAAUGCAAGGAUUUUCAAUAUCUGCACAUCAGUCAGUGUGAUACACUACAUCAACAAAUUGAAGGAUAAAAAUUAUAUGAUCAUCUCAAUAGACGUAGAAUAAGCUUUUGGCAAAAUUCAAUACCCUUUUAUGAUUUUUAAAAAAACUCUUGGGAAGGGUGGUGGGAGGGGGGUUCAGUAUGGGGAACAUAUGUACACCCAUGGCUGAUUCAUGUUAAUGUAUGGCAAAAACCACUACAAUAUUGUAACAUAAUUAGCCUCCAAUUAAAAUAAAUAAAUUU